UCGUCGCCGUCUUUCCCAACAUCGUGACGGCGUCGUCGCAGCGGAUCAGGAGACUUCGGCUCCGCUCGGAGAAACACACGGGGAACUGUAUGGUGAAGAACCAGCUUCAUAUCUUUACCUUUUUCUGGAAACCGGCUGUAUGAUUAAGCUACAAUCUUCAAUGAGUAAGCAUAUCCCAUUCUGUGGUGUUCUGGGUCACACAUUUAUGGAGUUUCUGAAGGGCAGUGGGGACUACUGCCAGGCUCAGCACGCUGCCUAUGCAGACGAGUGAACGACCAAACUCGCCAUCGAUCCGACGCACUUGAGCCACAGGAGGGAACCCCCCCCCCCCCGCCCCCCCAACACACCGGAAAGUUGGCAGGACCGGGGCCGCCUCCCAGAACCAGCGACAACUCGGCCUGGAUGGGGUAACUUUACCCGCUGCACACUGCCCUCGUCGGCUAUCCGCCCGGCCAGAAUCAAGGUGGAACCAGCCUUGUUUUUCUCUUCCUUUUUCUUUUCUUUUCUUCCAAAGGAGAGGGGUUUUGAGUUCUGAUUGUCCGCCCUUUUUCUUUUUUUUCCCGGCCGUCAACACCCUAAAUUUGCCCGUUGCAGCCUUUUUUUCCUUUGUUCUUUUUUUUCUUUUUUUAGCCAACCUCGAAGAAGAACAGAGGAUUUCUGUUUCUGGGUUUCUAGAAGCUCGUUGGACCUUUCUGUUUAUUUAUUUUUUUGACAUUCCCUCCGACUUUAACUAAGUGUUUACAUUAGUGUUUUUACUCUGUGGAAGACUUUUGGCUUUUGUUACUUCUUCUUUUUUUUUUUUUUUUUUUAAGUUUUACGUUGUCACAAUGGCUCGCAUGAACAGACCCGCCCCGGUGGAGAUCACCUACAAAAACAUGAGGUUCCUCAUUACCCACAAUCCCACCAACGCCACCCUGAACAAGUUCAUCGAGGAGCUGAAGAAAUAUGGAGUGACCACCGUCGUGAGGGUUUGUGAGGCCACCUACGACGCCACCCUGGUGGUGAAAGAAGGGAUCCAAGUUCUGGAUUGGCCGUUCGAUGACGGAGCUCCUCCCUCCAACCAGAUCGUGGACGAUUGGCUGAACCUGCUGAAGCUGAAGUUCAGGGAGGAGCCGGGUUGCUGUGUGGCGGUCCACUGCGUGGCGGGGCUGGGCAGAGCUCCGGUUCUGGUGGCGCUCGCCUUGAUUGAAUGUGGGAUGAAGUACGAAGAUGCUGUUCAGUUCAUUCGACAGAAGCGCCGAGGAGCGUUCAACAGCAAGCAGCUGUUCUACCUGGAGAAAUAUCGUCCAAAGAUGCGCCUGCGCUUCAAAGAUUCCAACGGCCAUCGCAAUACCUGCUGCAUCCAGUAGAGCCGCCUCUCCACCCUGUUAAACUUUUACCUUAUUACCUGGCAGGCUUGUUUUCUUAGUCAUUGUGUUGAAGUAUUUUAUUUUGAAAAACCAUGUAACUGUCUCCCUUCCCCCUCCCCCCCCUUCCAGGUUCAAAAUCAAGUGUCAAAAAAAAGAAAGAAAAAAAAUGAGUUGUGUGAACUGGAAUCACCGUAUUUUCUCUCCAUGCCCCCCCCCCCUUCUCCCCUUCCCUCCUCCCCCCCAAAAAAAGCAACCCGCUAAGAGGGGCAGCGCUGAGUCGUGUAUCAUUGUGAAAUGUUGGAUUCGUAGUUUCGUCUGCAGCCCAAAGAUGUUUGAUUGGCCAGUACGUUUACGUGCCUGAAAACUAAAACGUGAGCUCCUUUCUACCCCGUUGAACGAUUCUCUCCGUUUCCAGACAGAGAGAGAGAGAGAGAGAGAGAGACGGUUUGCCUUCCUCCAGAUCCGGUGGUUCAUCCAUUAAAUGCCUUACAAUCGAAGCGGAAUGGAGGCGGGAGUCGAACCCCCCCACCCUCCCUCGCCCCCCUCGCCGCCGGCAUUUGAAAAAAAAAAAAAGAAAAGAAAAAGGCGUUUCAUUUUUCUACUCGGAAACAAAAACAAACAAAACACAAAAAAAAAUAUAGAAAUCGUUGCCUUUCGUCUUGUGCAGGAAGUCUUACGCUCACGUAACGCCCGUUCUCUCUUUUUUUUAAUAUACAAUGCUUAAUCGUUGCAAUAUUUGUCAAAUUGAAAGUCUAGGAAUUUUUUAUUUCUUUUUUUCUCUUAUCAAAACCUUCUGUUUACUAAUUAACUGCCAUGUCCAAAAUGUGAUUAUUAUUAUUUUUAUUUUUUUAAAUGUUUUUAUUUUUAUUUUUUUUCGUUUCCAACUGGACUUCCAACGUCUGCGAUAUUUUGUACGCCUUUUUAUUUGAUGUCCCGUAACUUAAAGACUUGGAUACUUGAUGAUUUUGUGUAUUUUGAAAGUGUGUACUAUUAUUAUUAAUAUUAUUAUUAGGUUGGCUAUUUAUACUAUCAAUGGAUGUGUGAUUUAGUACCGUGAGCGACGAGUUGUACCUGUUCACCAACCUGUGAGUACAUUAAAUGAUACACUGAACUCUGA